GCAUGUAAGUGGCACGCCGCAUCGUCCCUCUCGUCUCGGCUUGGUCCGCAAGAAGAACAACACCGCGAGAGUAAAAGCACCCCCUCCUCUUCGUCUCGGCUUUCGGAGCUCUCGAUACUUUAGCCGCGAUUCGGAGGGAAACCCUAGCUAGCUCCCGCUCUCGAUCCCGCGCCCGCCACCGCACUCGGCAAGAUGUUCCUCACGAGGACGGAGUACGACCGCGGGGUGAACACCUUCUCCCCGGAGGGGCGGUUGUUCCAGGUCGAGUACGCCAUUGAGGCCAUCAAGUUGGGGUCAACUGCGAUCGGGUUGAAGACCAAGGAUGGUGUUGUCCUUGCUGUAGAGAAACGUGUGACCUCGCCACUGCUGGAACCAAGCAGUGUGGAGAAAAUCAUGGAAAUUGACGAGCACAUAGGCUGUGCCAUGAGUGGCCUUAUUGCUGAUGCUAGAACAUUGGUUGAGCAUGCUCGUGUUGAAACCCAGAAUCAUAGGUUCUCAUAUGGGGAGCCAAUGACAGUAGAAUCUACUACACAAGCUAUCUGUGACUUAGCUCUGCGUUUUGGUGAAGGUGAUGAAGAGUCGAUGUCACGACCAUUUGGUGUCUCUCUCCUUAUUGCUGGUCAUGAUGAGAAUGGACCCAGCUUGUACUACACUGACCCAUCAGGAACCUUUUGGCAGUGCAAUGCCAAGGCAAUUGGAUCAGGUUCUGAAGGAGCUGAUAGCUCAUUACAGGAGCAGUACAAUAAGGAGUUGACCCUUCAGGAGGCUGAGACCAUAGCCCUGUCUAUCUUGAAGCAGGUUAUGGAAGAAAAGGUUACUCCAAACAACGUCGAUAUCGCAAAGGUUUCUCCCAACUACCACCUCUACACCCCUGCAGAGGUUGAAGCUGUCAUUGCACGGUUGUGAGAAGAUUGCCAUCGCGUGUUAUUUUAAUCAGCCCUAAGACAGCCUCUGUAUGAACUUCCUAAAUGGAUUAUCAGUCCAUUGUUUGCUAUGGCUGUCAUGUUAUGUUAACAAGAUAGUGGCUGCUAGAGUUUAUUACUGGCUCUAAUAGUCUGGUGUGCAGCCCAGUCAUUUGCUUGUUUUCAGCAGUGUUGAGACCAUGUACUAUCAAAAAGAGAACGACAAUCCUUUCCAAGAUUUGGUUGCAACAUUUCGACAGUCAUCU